GGUUGCGUGGUCCGCGUGGAGCGUAUAAAAAGCUGCGACCAGAAGCCGCAGCACUUCAGUCUUUUCAAAAAUAUCAUAAGGAUGGCUCUGGAACGUCAAGUGCGCGCUAAGAUCGCGGGCAAGCGCAACCCGGAGCAAGAGAAGGAGGCGCAGGAAUGGAUCGAAUCGAUCAUCGGCAAGAAGUUCCCGCCCGGCGAGACCUUCGAAGAUGUGAUUAAGGACGGCCAGGUGCUGUGUCAUCUCAUGAACAAGAUCUCGCCCGGAUCGGUGCCGAAAAUCAACACCAGCGGAGGACAGUUCAAGAUGAUGGAGAAUAUCAAUAUGUUCCAAAAAGCUCUAAAGGACUACGGGGUGGACGACGUCGAUGUCUUCCAGACGGUGGACUUGUGGGAGAAGAAAGACAUCGCACAAGUAGUGACGACGCUGUUCGCCCUCGGCAGAACGACCUACAAGCAUGCCGAAUGGCCUGGCCCUUACCUGGGACCUAAACCGUCAGAAGAAUGCAAACGUGAAUUCACUGAGGAACAAUUGCGAGCUGGCGAGUCGGUGAUCGGUCUGCAGGCGGGCUCCAACAAGGGUGCGACUCAAGCCGGUCAAAGUCUCGGCGCGACCCGUAAAAUCCUGCUUGGAAAGUAAAUCCGAAGUUCAACGCGUACUCUCUCUCUCUCCCCCUCUUUUUCUCCCUUUACUCCACCUCACCCCUUUCCUCCUCUCCAUCCCUUAGAGCUAAAUCGCGUACUUUUUUUUAUGUACACAAAUGCACAUGUAUACUUUACUUUUGUAAUUAAACGAUAAAUAGUUUGCUAUUUAUUGAUCCGCCCCGUCUCAUUCAAUGUUUCUCGAAGGAUAUCUCUCUCGUGAACGAAUGAAACGUUAUCCUUCUGGAAAAAUUAGGAAAGAUACAUCUGUCGUUAGUUCAAUGUACUCGGUGACAUUGAUCGUUGCUGAUUGAGUGAUAAAUUGAUUUUUAUAAUCGAGAGCGAAACGCGUUAUCAUUGUUUAUCUCUAUCUUUGCACAAUUGUGUCAAGCUGUUUCUGAAGAUAGAGGUAUGUGUCUAAAAAAUAACUGUUGCUCGUAUAAUUCUAAAUAAAGUUCUAUCCAUCCGAAAAA